GAGAAGCCACCGUUCGAGUGAGUACUCGUACGUGCGCCCAUCUCACUCUCAAAAACUGAAUCGCCCUCAGUUCUCCCAUCGUCUUAGCACAUUUUCAACCGGAAGAUUCGCCAACAUCAAACCUUCCACGAAGAUGUCACUGCGCACAAUAUUCGUUCAACCAUCCAAGCUUUGUCUCCUGCCACGGCACACCCCGCUUACCCCUCGAUUGAUCCCAGGAUUGGUAAGAAACCUCACCCCGAAAAGUACCCCGCCUCCAGCUCCCUCAAAACCGGUUGGCCCGAAUCAAGAUGUCCUGCGGCACGCUAGUGGGGAGGCCGCCGCAACUGUUGAUAUUAUGGGUAGGAAGAGCUUAUAUCUGGAGCAUGGGACACUGAUUCAGAUGUUAAAGAAUGACCCUACCGCACCGCAGAAUGCGCCCAAGGUUUCGAAAGAGAUUCCCCGGACAAAAAGAGAGUAUUCCACCGCAGCAACCCCGAUCGAUCCUUUGUCUUCCAAUACGCCUACCGGCAUGGCUUCCUCUACUGCUCUCGCACUGCCUCGCGUUACUUCUGACGCCUUUGCUUUGACAAUUCCCGGGGCUAAAUACCCUCUUCCGCAACUUCCUCUUCCGUCAUGUUCUCACCUCAAGCACCGUUAUUCUACAUUACUUGAGCAGGUCAUAAACUUUAUUAUGAUCGGCGGUCGAAAAGCCAAAGCCGAGUCGCUAGUUGAUCAGAUACUUGCCAAUUUACGGACUCGCCCUGCUCCAAUAUCGAGAGAAGGGACCCCACUUCUUCCUGGAACUCCCGCUUUAUCUUCACUGCCACUUGAUCCAGUUCAGUACCUUCAGAUCGCGAUUGACUCUGUAUCUCCGUUAGUCAAGAUUUUAAUGCUUAAGGGUGCAGGAGGAACUAAGCGACCGGUUCCAUACCCGCUACGCUUGAGACAGCGGAGACGGUUCGCAUUGACAUGGAUAUCUGCGGCUGCGGAUAAGAAGAAAGAUAGGCUGGGGUUUGCGGAAAGGUUUGCGGAUGAGGUUGUCGCUGUUGUCGAAGGUAGAAGCUCAGCAUGGGAAAAAAGGAGUCAGGUCCAUAAACUAGCUGUAGCAUCGCGUGCCAAUGUCAUCAUUAAUCCUGGAAGAACAGUCGCACCUUCAAAAAUAAAGUUCCCCAUCGCUGUUCUCUAG